GAUAUCACCAUCCCCAUCUCUACUACAACUACUACUACUAACACUACUACAGCUAGGAAUAGCGGUAGCCAUCGUCAUAGUCGUAGUCAUGGUCGUCGUUGUCGUCGUGGUGACGGUCGUCAUCGCAGUCGUACCUCAGUCCCACAGUGUCUGUCUGUUAUAAAACUACAGACUACCCACAAUCCCUCAUUCCUACAUUGUGUCUUUAGAGAAGAUUGACAAGGCGCCAUUAAUGCUCCUGUAUUCUACACAAAAAACACAACAAAUAUCUCGCUUCGUCUCGCCUGCUUUUAGUUUCCAACCCAAAAAUACUAUGGAGUUUACUGAGGUAGAUUUUCUACAGCUGGAUGCUUUUCCUGUCACCAACUCUCACCUAUUUCCAGGCAAGUGGCAAAGGGUUUUUGAGAUGUCAGACCCAAAUGACCAGCUUCAUCCGAAUAUACCACCACCACCACCUCCACCACAAUAUAUGAACACAGCAGUAGCUGCUGUUACUGCUGCUGGCCUUGUCGGCCCUCCACCACCAGCCGCCAUUGUCGGCACCGUUGGCACAUUCAACAACUAUCGUCCUGCGGUUGCAGUUAAUUCGGUUGCUGUGAAUGCUGUUGGUGUAGUCGGUGGUGUUGGUGGUGCAGUCAUUGCAACAGGUGGCUACAGAACCGACUACAACGAUGCCUACCGGGGCGAUUACAGCGCCGCCACCAGCUGUCCGCCGCCUGUCAUCUCCGUCGGCCUCGUGGCGGGCAACAACAACCUCGUCACCACUGCCAGCACUGCCAUCAGUGCGCCCACGUCAGGGAACACCGUCAGCCCGCCGCCACCGCCGCCACCUGCUGUCACUAACCCCGCCACCACCACUAGUACAAGCGGCAACAGCAACGCCGGUUACGACACUGGCUACUGUGAGAGUGAUUACCGAGAUGACUAUAACUACGAGGACAGACAUGGUUACCGAAAGGACUCAGAGUUCCGGGAUAGAGACAGAGACAGAUCUCAUCAGCCUGACAGAAGGGUGCAUGACAGACGCAGAGGUCGUGUGGUAGACCGAUCUCGACGCGACCGGGAUCGUGACAGGGACCGUGAUCGAGACCGAGGCUUCGACCGAGAUCGAGACCGGAGCAGAAGUCGUGAUGGACGAGAUAGAAAAGACCGACCCUCUCGGGAACGAGGGGACCGAUAUGAAGAAGGCUUUGAUUGUGAUGUAAGUUCAAAUAUAUAUAUUUGUCAUCUGUUUAUUUUAUCUUUUAUCUUUUAUUUGGUCCUGUCAUUAGACUGUAGCCAUGCUGGGGCACUGCCUUGAAGGAUUUAGUCCAGG